AAUGCCAUGAGUCCGGACAUUCAAAUGUUUCGACACAGAUUUUUCCCUGCAUCUUUUAACAGGCCAAAUACUGUGUUCACCUUCAGAGUGCUCAAUGAUUUUCUACUGGACAGCCUUGAAUGUGGCACCUCGGCGAUGAACUAUUACAGCAAGCUCCGGCGAAUGACCUCCAGCAUGUUUCCACACCUUGUUCCGGACCGAUACAGAGAGCUCAUGAGGGUCGCUCGACAGUGGAGGCAGUUGAAGACAAUGAAAUGGCAUGGCUUUGGCCAUCGUUCUGAUAACCCAAGCACAGGAGAACUUGCAUUAUUUUGCCCGGCAUGUCCUCAGCCUGGGAUUAAUGUGCUGUUGUCAGAGGAUGAAUCUCUUGAUGAGUGA